AUGGGCUCCUUUGCAGGUCCGAUCCGCUCCUACCCACCACCAUGCACGGCCGAAGACCUCCCGCCCAUCGACGUCGUCUGCAUCAGCCACAACCACUUUGACCACAUGGACCAAACCUCCCUGAUGUCCAUCUGGCGCUACAGCCGAAACACGGUCCGCUUCUUCGCCCCCCUCGGCAACAAGCGCUUCCUCCUGGAAUGGGGCAUCCCCGACGACCGCAUCAUCGAGCUCGACUGGUGGGAUCCCGAAUAA